CACGGCCUGUAUCACGUUUCACUAAGAAAUGGUUAUUUAAAGGCAACCCACACGCUGUGCGGGCAAUAAGUAAAACAGUGUACUGUAACCUUCCCCAGUGACUUCCGAGAGAUCACGGAGUCAUUCGAGCCUACAAAUCCAAUGGGGCGGCACGAGGGGUAAGAAGCCGAAGCUGCGUCACUUUUAUUGCCCCGCCCGAGGCGGCUGACUGCUGUACUUCGUUCUUUCUGUUUCUUAUUCCUGUUAUUAUUAUUCGUUACUUUCAUUUCUCCCCGCCCUUAAAACCACGUCGCCAGAGAAGGGGAGCUUCUCUUCUGUCUCCGCUACACCGGCGGCGAUAGUCAAGCAACCUACCUAAAAAAAGACGUCUCGAUAGUUCGCGAAGAUAGUUGCCUCUCUCUCUCUGAAGCUCUUCCCAACGUUUAUUUAUUCUUCCACGAGCGUGUCCUUGUUAAGCUGUAUUUAAAAAAAAACAGAAGUUCAAAGGACUCGAGGCUCCUUCAGCCGGUCUCAUCUCAGCAGCGUAAGAGGAGGGGAAGAAAGAGCAAAACAUUGAGAGGUGACGUUGCUGCUAGUCGAAGGAGAUAAGUGGCCAAGGGACUCCUUACUUCGCGCUCGGGGGACAGAGGUGCGACUUGACUCCACGGCCAUGGGGGUCACCUUAGGCGCCCCCGAUUCGCCCUAAAGCCACUCGUCGGACAUUUGCGUGAAGAAGGUAGCCGAGCACAGCGCGAGAGUGGCCAGCAGCUAGCCCGAGGACCUGAACUGUAUAACUGGGAAGAUACGCAGCCGCUGCUCUUCUGACUUUUUCCAGCACGUUUCGUCUUUUUUUCCAUCUAGGAUUGUAUCUUAACCUGGAAUCGUUCGCCCUGUUCACACAGUUCUGCCUGGAGGGCUACAUUUCUCAGCAAGUCAUUUUGAUCUGAUCAACCUACAAAGCAUCCCAGAGCUUAUAGUAACGUCUGUUUCUGACCACUUUUAUAUGAAGAAAUCCAUUUGUUCUUCAGUCUUGGAGAUAACAAUUCCUAAAUUAUAGGUAACAAGGCGGUCAGUUCUCAGAAUGGGCUAAUGAGUACCUUUGUAGGGAGGCUGGAGAAUUUGAAGAGUGCACAGAGAAUUCAUUUCAUUUGUGUUUAGAGUGUGAGUGAGUUACAGCAAGGUGCUGCAAGCCUUUUUCCUGCUGAAGGAGCUAGAUCUGUUGUCCCUGCAGUGUCCUAGAUUUGGCCUUGGGUGCAGGAAAUGAAUUCUGGCAGGAGGAAAGUGAAAAUCGUGGGAAUCAUGAUGAUGGUGAAUUUAUUCAUUUACAUCAUGGUGGAGGUUUCCCGCAGCAAUGGUGGCCAUGGCAAAAAUUCCCAUAAUACAGUGAUCGUGACAGAAAAACGAUUUUGGAAGAAACAGGUUCCAAGUGAAGCUUAUUGGAACAGACAGCAAGAAAUAAUGGAUUAUUUAUAUAAUCCCAUCCUAGGCACACUGAACAGCACGAUCUUGGAGGAAAUUAAAAAUGCUAACAUAAGCCUUUCGAGUUUAAAUUCUUGUGAGCCUGACCUUCAUGUGAAAACUCAAGUGAAGGAUUAUAACUUUCUGCCUAAUCGAUUCAAAGACUUUCUCCUCUACAUGAAAUGUAGGACGUACUCCCUGGUUGUCAAUCAGCCUACAAAAUGCAAAAACAGCCCCUUUCUUUUGCUGGCCAUUAAAUCACUUUCUCCACACUUUGAUAGAAGACAAGCAAUACGAGAGUCUUGGGGGAAGACUCAAAAAAUAGGCAACUACACGGUAGUUACUGUCUUUUUGCUAGGGAAUGCAACAGCUGUCGAUUUCUUUCCAAACCUCAGUGAGAUGCUGGAGCAUGAGAGCAAAAUGUACAAUGACAUCCUGCUUUGGGACUAUAGAGAUUCGUUUUUCAAUCUUACAAUUAAAGAGGUGCUGUUCCUGGAGUGGUUUUAUCAGUACUGUCCCAACGCACAGUUCAUCUUUAAAGGUGAUGACGAUGUUUUUGUGAACACCCACAGGAUCGUGGAGUACUUGAAGGGUUUACAGAAGCCAAAAGCCAAAGAUCUGUUUGUUGGGGAUGUUAUCACAAAUGCAGGGCCACAUCGCAAUAAAAAACUGAAGUAUUUUAUUCCUGAGAGCAUGUUUGUGGGAUCCUACCCAUCUUAUGCAGGUGGUGGAGGGUUUUUGUAUUCUGGAGACUUAGCUUUGCGACUCUACAAUAUUUCUCAGCAAGUAUUACUUUUUCCUAUUGAUGAUGUCUAUACAGGCAUGUGCCUGAAAAAGCUGGGCCUCACUCCCGAAAAGCACAAAGGAUUCAGAACCUUUGACAUUGAAGAGAAAUACAGAAGCAAUCCUUGUGCUUACAGAAGCCUCAUACUUGUGCAUAGCAGAACACCUCAGGAGAUGAUUCAGAUUUGGUCAUGGCUGAAGGAUUCAGAAGUAAAUUGCCAGUAAGGACAAAACCUUUGAGACUGUGCAAACUUGAAGCAUUAUCCUCUUAAUCUGUCUCAAGGAAUGGUCACCCUAUAGUCCAUGUAAGGAUGACAGCUGUAUUCCGCACUUUGGCCUGGAGCCCCGCCAGUAGCCAGAUUCAGUGUUGCUGGCAAAACGUACUCUUCUUGAUAAGUUGCCUUUGAAAUCGUGGUGCAUAUGUGUGUGUCUUAAGUUAAUUAUAUCGGGGUAAAAGGUGGAGAUAGGUGUUCAUUGAGCCUUAAUGUGAAAUAUGAUUGAAUUAUUUUCCCUGCAUUUCAGAAUAUUUUUGCAAGUAACAUGUUAACACGUUUUAAUUAAAACUUCAGUUAUAAAUAUAUUAACUUGCUAUUUCUUUCAGUCAUAGCUGAGGAGGCAUCUUACUAGCGAGGGUGUAGUAUUUGAAAUUUCUGUAUCCAUUUCUGGGCGAUUUCAUAGCAAAAUUAUUAACAAUAAUACAAUCUGUCAUCAGUAUUUCACUCCUCCAUAUUAGCCAAUAUCUUGUAAAAUAUAUUAUUUAAUUCUGCUUAGAUUUUUAGGGCAGUGUAGAAGAUUUACCAGUUCCAGUCCUUUGUAAAUUAAUAAUAAAUUUGACAAACACAUAUUGUUGUAUGCUUUCUAGCAAGAGGUCUAUAUAUAUAUAUAUAUAUAUAUAUAUAUAUAUAUAUAUAUAUAUAUAUAUAUAUAUACAACGCAUGUAUGUCUAAUCGUACAGCAUAGACUUCGGGUUAACACUUUUUAUGGACAGCUUGAGCUACUGUCAGGCUCUUUUGUGUUUAUAACUUUGUCAUUCUGCAGUUUUUGACUCUGCAGUAUUAAGUGCCUCAUUCUUUAGAUGCUGCACUGAUCUGGUAGUGAAGAUAAGCUAAAUGUUUGUAGAAGCGUAACAGUAUUCCUCUAGAUACCUCUCAACUAUCCAAAGAGAAAUGCACUGACUGCAAAUCAACAGUCUCAAAUGAAAUGUUCUGUGUGUCGGCUGAAGUUAGGUCUGAAUAUGCAGUAGUCUGAAAGUGCCUCGGAAAAAUGCUCCUGUCCUUGAGACCAUCUUCCGUAAUGCUGACUUGCUCUUUUUUUUUUUUUUUUUCUCCCAUGUACAGAUGAAUCUUUACAGUUUUUUAUUCCAAGUGUGUCAUCGCCCAUUUACAUUUGGUUUUCAGAGCUGCUUGCAGCCUGCUUACUGUCUUGUGAUUCACAGCUUUCAUUUCUUUUAUGUGUACUUGCUACCUAAUAUUUACAGUAGUGAAUGACUGCAAAAUGAAUAAUGACAGUUAUUAGUCUUGUCUUUCAUUUUGAAAAUAUGUUGCUAGUCCUUGAAACAAAGAAUUUUGUAUUUUGUUUUAUGUUAUUUAUUGGAUUUUUUUUUUUUAAUUGUUGCUCUCCACCUUCCUUGGUGAAUGUAAAUUUUUAGACUUUUCUAUGUAUCCAUUAUAAUACUAUUUUGAGAAGUGCACUGAAUUUUGAAUACUAUUGAAUAUUAAAGUUUAAAGAAGUUUAAAGAAUGUAAUGAACCAAAGAUAGUUGAGCUGGCAGUAUAUUACUACUUUAUUGUAUUCAUUUGUAAGCUUUUCUACUGAGAAAUGAAGUAAGUGUGUGUGUGUGUGUGUGUAUGUGUGUUUGUAUGUAUGUGUGUGUGUGUGUGUGUGUGUGUGUGUGUGUGUGUGUGUGUGUGUGAGUGAGUGAGUGAGUGAGUGUGCAACAGUGCUGCUUAUAAUCUUCCUGCACCUGUUUAUCAGACAUACCUGCUGUUAUUUAUUAUAUGGAGCUGAAGACCAAGUGAUUUCUGUUAGUUUGUAUUUUGCAGAAUGUAUUUCAGCUUUUCAAUGUCAUACACAGCGCGGGAGGUUUUGAUCACAUCUUUCUUGAUGUUCUUAAAACUUUGUCAAGAUGCUCCAACUGUCUGCAAGUAGGCGGCUGAGGCUUUUACAAAUAAAUGUUCAUUUUAAACCAAAAAAAACAAAACAAAAAAAAAACAAAAACCACAAUUUUUCAUUAUGUUUCUUGCUCGGUUCUAUUCACAUUGCAUUGUUGUUCACAGUACUUGAUAUUUAACUUCUGUAUUUCUCCAGUAUUUAAGGUGCAUCCACUAUGCUCUGUUGAUUUGAUGUUUCCUGGAGAGGGUAAUGGAUGUGUUUUUUAAUUUUAAAACAUAAUAGUUGCUAUUUACCCUUUUUCAAGAUAAUAUUGCUAUAAUUACACACUGAGAAAACAGAUGAAGUGCUGAUUUUAUGUUUAAAAAGUGACCCUUCUGGCUCAUCAAAAUUCCACUAACCUGUUGAACACUUACUGCUUUAUUUUGGUCCUUUUUCACCUUUAGUAUCCUCCCCUUCGAUCUUAAAUGUCAACACUGGUCUGUAUGUUUAUAGGCCCAAAUGAUAUUUUAUUCUGAUCUUUAUAACAUGAAAAUUGUUGAUAAUAAAGUGUUUUCUUAUAAGGAGGAUGAC